AUGCAGGACGACCACGAGCGAAUCCGACCACCUCCCUCCUCGACCUCCUGGCACUCAGGCUGCAACCUCGACAACCAGAGCCAGGAGGGUCAGAAACAGACUCCGCCUCAGGUGGAGGUCACACCCCCAGAGGACCAAUCAAGCAACGGCACAACACAACAUCACGCAGAGGAAAACGAAGAUGAAGAGUGUGACAUCUCCUCUCAGCUUCUCCGAACCAAAAGUGAUGCUGGUGUGCUAAGGCGGGGCAGGAGACGGUCUCCUAGCGACCAGCGGCGAAUCAGAAGGCACAGAUUUUCCAUCAAUGGUCACUUUUAUAACCACAAGACGUCAGUUUUCACGCCUGCAUACGGUUCUGUAACUAACGUACGGAUAAACAGCUGUAUGACCACACCACAGGUCCUGCGAGUUUUAUUGAACAAGUUUAAGAUUGAAAACAGCCCAGAUGACUUCGCCCUUUAUCUCGUUCACACCAGUGGGGAGCGUGUGAAGUUGAAGCGUACAGACUACCCAUUAGUAGUAAGAAUACUUCAGGGACCGUGCGAGCAGGUCUGCAGGAUAUUUCUAAUGGAGCCGGACCUGGGAGAAGAGAUCCCUUAUGAAGUGGCACAAUACAUCAAAUUUGAGAUGCCUGUUCUGCAGAGCUUUAUCACCAAACUGAAGGAAGAGGAGGACAGGGAGGUGCAGAAACUGAGAAGCAGAUACAAGUCCCUGCGAUAUAUCAUUGAGAAACAGCUGCAGUGUUUACCUGAAGGUUCCACCUGUAUAUGA